AUGCAUGAGAGCGCCACGUCUGAGGGUCUGUACUGCACAGAUGUCACUGGCUACCAGGCCGCCCAUUCAUUCCUCCGCACCGUAACACCCCUCGAACCGGAGAUGGUAUUUCAGCUGUUGAACAUCAAGGUCUGCUGGACGGACAAGUUCACAGUGUUGUUCAGGCCACCAUUUCCGGAUCAGACAGAGGGGAACAAGGUGUACAAAAUGUACCUCGGGCGUCCCCAGACUGAAGACAACCAGACUCUGUUACAGUGGUUAAGGUGCCACCAGACAUCUGGGUCCAAGCCCAAACCAUACGCAGAUGACCGGGUCCUAGUGGGCGUUAAGUACGUGUCCAUAUUCAACCCCAUAUUCUUCUAUCAGCAUUUGACGAUGAAUUUCCCCCAUCGCGAAGUCAACGCAUUGAGACAUACUGAGGAAGAUACGAUGCCUGAUACCAUCAAGCAUUUUGCUCAGUCGGUUGCCUUAACCCCUCAAUAU